GUCUAUCUUGGAUACUUGGAUUCCAGCAUUUCCGAGUUCAGCUGUUAGGUGCAAUAGCAGUCGUAUCAAAGUUUUGCAGAGAAAGGGGAAAGACUUCAGCAGUUCGCACAUGAGGGUGGUGCCCCCAAUCAUGCCCUUUUAGAGCAAUUUGCAUCGAUACGCAAAAGUAACUUCACGCUUUCCAUGCAUCCUUUUACCUCAUGGAAUCUCACGGCUGUGGAAGAAGUUUCUUGGAGGAUCCAAGUGCUUUGAUGCACCUUUCGGCUCAACAGCCCAGUUUUUCCACAUCAGCUGGUGAGAUCCAAACGUGCCACAGUUUCUGCUGGUGAGAUCCAAACCGCCGUGCGGUAGCAUGGAGCCGGAUGACAUCACGGCAGCAUGGCAGCGCCGCCGGUCUCCACGACCGUCUCCAACCUCGGGCCUGCAGUCGAACCUCACCGACCUGAGCAUGCCUUUGUCAUCCCCAUCGCCCCGGAGGCUUCGUGAACCAGCUCAAGAGCCUUCUCCGCGACUAGGAGGUCAUGCUGCCUUCGACACCCGCAACACGCGCAUGCGCGUGUGCCCGCAGCUGAACGUCGAUUUGGGUCCACCGCGAAUGGCGACUUACAGCAUCCAGCCGUCCAGAAACGUCAGAGCAGCUCCCUUCGGAGGUCGGACUGCCACCAGAAGCGCUGAUGAGCACCAGACCAGAUCUAUUGAAGAACCUUCAGAAGUCACAAGACGCAGCAUGGCAUCUCACGCGGCUGAAAGCCCCAAUGGGAUGCAGCCCGGGAUCCAGGAUGGCUUAGUCGCCUUGAAUGACAAUGAGAAGACUAUGCAGGACCAACUGCAGGAAUUGUCGAGGCAGCAAGAGAGUUUGAUGCAGGCACUGGAAAAGGCCGAUGAGACAGACAGGUUGUGGCAGGCAGAAAAGCAGAGGUUGCAGAAUGAGUUGGAGGCAGCAGCCGUUGAGGCCAGAAGAAAGACAGCAGCUCCGCAGGUGGAUGAUCAGCUACAAAACAAGCUGAUGGACUUGGCACCGAAGGCUGAAAAGCAAGCGCAAACAUCAGAAAAGAGCGAGCAAGCACCGCAGGCAGAGAAGGAGCAGCUCAAGAAGCAGUUGGAAGAUAGAGAACAAGAGGCGAACCAUGAGCUGCGGGAGAACAAGCUGAUGGAGUUGGAACAGAAGGCAGCAGAGAAGAUGAAGUUGGCGUCGACGUUGGAGGUGAAGCUUGAGAAACUGCAGCAAGAGCUCCGUCAGGCUGAAAAGAAAGAGCAAGCCACGGAAAAGACUGAGCACGCACUGCAGGCAGAGAAGGAGCAGCUGAAGAAGCAGUUGGAAGAUAGAGAACAAGAGGCCAAAACCAAGGAGGCAGCUUCACAGGCGCAACUGGAACUUCUGAAGAACGAACUCCGAGAAGCGCAGCAGGCGCAGCAGAAGGCAAGGUUAAGAGAUGCUGAAAAAGAGGCCACAGAUGAGGCCUGUGCGAGAAGGGCUGAAGAGCAUACCAGGAAGGUUCAGGAAAGCGAGGAGGCUCUGACGAAAAGGGCUGACGUCGCCGAGAACACGAGAGAAAGCCACAAGGUCAACUUCGACUUUGCCCAGAUGGAGCUUCCAGCGGAGAAGCAGAAGUGGCUCACAGAAGUCAAGCGCAAUGGGCAGAACUUGCAGAAGGCCCCUGAGCAUUUGAAGAACGACAAAGACGUCGUCCUGGCUGCGGUGGAGGAGCAUCGCCUGGCCCUGCAGCACGCUUCAGAGGAGUUGAAGAAGAACAAGGACGUCGUCACGGCCGCGGUAGAAAAGGACCCACGGGCCUUCACCUUCGCCUCCGAAGAGCUCAAGAAGGACAUUUCUUUCGUGAAGACUGUCGUGCAACUGAAGCCAAAAGCGUUGGAGUUUGCCGCGGAUGCCUUGAAGCAAAACAAAGAUGUUGUCCUUGUGGCAGUCCAGCACAGCGGUUCUGCUUUGCAACACGCUGCGGAGGCUUUGCAAAGUGACCAGGAAGUGGUGAUGGCAGCGGUACAGCAGAACGGAGAAGCGUUGCAGUACGCUGCAGCUGCAUUCAAGGCGGAGAAGGAGGUGGUGAUGGCAGCGGUACAGCAGAACGGAGAAGCCUUGCAGUACGCUGCAGCUGCAUUCAGCGCGGAGAAGGAGGUGGUUAUGGCGGCAGUGCAGCAGAACGGCAAAGCCCUGCAGUUUGCUGCCGCCACUUUGAAAACUGACAAGGAACUGGUCCAGGCUGCCUGGCUGCAACGGGUGCUGCGCGAUGGCACGGAGAUGCAGCACGCCCCAUGGAUCCUCCGGAACAACCGGGAGUUCCUCAUCAAAGCAGUGGCGGCCACCAGGGCCCCCUGGCUCUUGAAGCUGUCUUCGGAGGCGCUCAAGCAGGACAAAGAGCUUUCGGAGCAUUUAAAGGCUUUAGCUGGAACCGGUUUGGUCUUCACCUACUACCACAGCUUUGACUGCUUCCACAACAUGCGGGAGGCCUUCCUGGCCACAGGUGCUUCAGCUCCGGGCGGUCAGGCCUACGAGGAAGUCAUGAAGAAAUUGAACGAAACUUCUGGCGGAUCCGCGACAGUAUGGUUCGACAAAGUACACGUUUGGGGCUUUGCCGCCGGCCACUGGCGCCAUCCCUCCACGGACUGCGGUCGCGACAUGGUGCCCGUGCCGCCGCCAGAGGGGCGCGACCCGAUGUGGGAGGCCAUGGUGGAAUCUCGCAUCGAGAGGCUGACACCAGAAGUUGGCUCACAGCACCCGUGCUGGUGCUGUCGUUGGCUCCGAGUGGUCAAGGAGAAAAUUGAAGCAGGAGCCGUUAUUUGUUGCGUGGUGUCAAAUAUCUACGACGAUUCUUGGGUGGAUGACUAUGGCGCUGGCUCCUCCGAAGUGUCGGACCGCGUGGCGGAGCACUACGGCCUCAAGCGGGAACGGUUCCGGAAUGGGCGGCCAGCUGGUUGGGGUGAAGGCAGCAUCGAGAUUUACGAAGGCCGUGGCAGAACGCACAAAUACUCCAGGGUGGCACCAAUGCAUCCCCACACCAAGUUGCCACUGGGUGAGGGAUGCCGUUGGGAGCGCGAAGCACUUGACAACCUAGAUUGCACAGUCAUGGCCUUCUUCAUGCCCUAGAAGGGGCUGGCAAGAAGUACAUGCAAUUCAUUGGGACAUGAGGACCAUGUGUGGAAAUCAUAUGUAAACAUCCUGAGGUCCGUAUGAAUCCAAUUGGCCCAGCGAAAUUGUACAGUCUCUUCGCCGGAGUCGAACCUCAGCCUAAAUGUUGCAUCAAUCCCAUGCAGGCAUCAUGCAGGAGCGUUGACCG